GCGGAGGGGCGGGGGCCGCGCACCCGGAAGAGCGGUCCGCAGAGCUAACUCGGCAGGCGGCGGCUGGGGCCCGACAUGGACAAGCUGAAGAAGGUGCUGAGCGGCCAGGACACCGAGGACCGCAGCGGUCUGUCCGAGGUUGUGGAGUCAUCGUCCUUAAGCUGGGGCACCAGAAUAAAAGGCUUCAUCGCAUGUUUUGCCCUAGGAAUCCUCUGCUCACUGCUGGGUACUUUUCUGCUGUGGGUGCCCAAGAAAGGACUGAGCCUCUUUGCAGUGUUUUACACCCUGGGUAACAUGGCAUCAAUUGGGAGUACCAUCUUCCUCAUGGGGCCUGUGAAGCAGCUGAAGCGCAUGUUUGAGCCUACGAGGCUGAUUGCCACAAUCCUGGUGCUGUUGUGUUUUGCACUUACACUGUGUUCUGCCUUUUGGUGGCAUAAAAAGGCACUAGCGCUCAUCUUCUGCAUUUUGCAGUCUUUGGCCUUGACAUGGUAUAGCCUUUCUUUCAUACCAUUUGCAAGGGAUGCUGUGAAGAAGUGCUUUGCUGUGUGUCUUGCAUAAUACCCUGCCAGUCUGCAGAGAGCACCAUGGAUGGAAGCUGGUGGACAAUUUGUAAAUACCUUCUGAACUCUGUCUCACAGACUUGUGCCUUUCACUUGCAGCAAUGCAUUGCUUGCAAUUUGGACGUUUUGAGGGUUGCCCAUGGGAGCGCUCAUGAAUCCUAAGCCCUAAUGUCUGUAGCACAGUGUGAGGUUCUGGGGCUAGUGUAGAGGACUCCUCCUCGUGACCAUCAUCCUCUCUGGAUGGUGUCCCGCCGAGUUCUCUCUCACACAUCAGUCUUUGUUUAGUAGCAGUGGAUAAGCAGCAGGAGCACCUGAUUGCCAAGUAGCAGCAGGAAUGUCUAGUAGGGAUUAUAGGGGUUCAGCAGGAAGUAGAAUUUUGAAGAUUUGCCCCUCACCAAGGAAACCACUGUCACUGCCUCACACAGCAUCAAGGCAUCUUCCCUGGUGUUUGAGAACAAGUGAUUCUGCCUUUCCUAAGAGCCUGGAGAGCCUGUCCUGGAUACGUUGUUACUUCCUACGGAUGGCACCAUCUUGCUGUUCUCAAUCACUACUGGCAAUGGAAUGUGUUUUCUAGUGUUCAUUGUGGAUUCUUUCUCUUGCCCUCACCUUCCCAUGUCUCUUGUCUUGUUACCUUGGGACACUGCUUGACUGAGAGUUAAGUAGUGCCCUGAAUCACUAUUUGCUUUUGGACAGGAGCCACCAGAAAGUGAAAAACCUUCAUGUUCCCUGCUCUGUUUAUUUUUCUUCAUUAUUUAUAAAUGUUUACUUUUGCUGAUUUUAUUUUCCGUUCUUCUUCGCUGGAGUUGGGCCAAGGAAAGUGCAUGGGAAGACAGAUCUCAUAUGGGGCCAGCAGGAAGUAGGCGUGCCUGCCAAGCAUCUUUUCAGUGCUCCAACAUUGGCACUCAGCCUACGCUGGACACUGGAAAGACACCAGCCUGCAGGUGGUCAUGUCUCAGCCUGAUGCCUAAUCAUACAUACAGUGUUCUUGUGUUGGUGAUCUUACCUAAUACUGUGUACAUCACUGUAGACGCUACCAUACAUUAUCUCAUUGAAUAGUCACAGGGACUUCUAGGCAGGAGAUACUGCCUUCAUCAUCAUAAGCUAGUAGCUGCCUUAGAUGCUCCCACUAGCAGGGGCAUCAGUGAGGAGGCUCUGGGUAGGAGAUAAAGUCUUGGAUAAAAGGCUUUUGGGUCUAAUUCCUAGAGCCUGUGGCCAAUUUACUUGACUCUGGACACAUUUAAGCAGCUUUUUGGACGACUGUCUCCCAGUAUCUUCCGGACUCCCAGGUUUUUUUCUUCGGUUGCCUUAUCCUUUGGUUGUUUCCUUUCCUGCUUUUAUUGGACUCUAAAAGGAAGAAAUCCACGUCGAAUUUACUAAAGUCUCAUACCAAGCUAAUAGUAUCAAUUAAAAGCAACUUUGUGAGGGAGGCUGAAGUGGAGGAUCAGGGCCUCUGACACUGGCGGGUGGUGGUAUGUUUGCUCUUCCCACCCUUCACACUCCCCAGUUCGCUGACUGGCCAGAGGCACCACGUGUGUGGGGAAUGAGGGAGACUAGUGAGUGGCCCGUGUAGAGGGGAAUGUGGUGCUCAUCAGGAUCUUUCCAGGUUUGGGUGCCUCUGGCUUGAGUACUGUCUUCCGGGCUGUGGUCUGUAGGGUGCUGCACUCAGGACCAUUGUGCCUUCUGGAACAGGAGUAGCUUAGGGUCCCCUUGCUCCCCCUCCCCAAGGCUGACUAUGGGGCCUGCUCACUGAGUUCUGGUUCUCUUACUGUCUGACUGGCUUCCCUUUUCACAGACCAAGCCCUGAGGAAGCCUUUGUCUCUCCUGCUCCUCCGUGUGGCUGUGCUCAGACCCAACUCCAAGCAUCCUCUCUGGGGAAGGGUGAAAUACCAUUCCCAGCUCAGCAUUUUCACCACAGAAACUGUCUCAGUGCUGGGGUGCCUUUUGUGGGUGUGUCUUAAGUGCCGUCUUCCAUCCACAUAGUUACUGUAGGCUGAGAGAGUAAGAAAUGAAAUCAAGAACUGUAUUCCACAUACAAAUUACUUUUUAAUGCUCAAUUAAAGUAGAUAAACAGCAGCUGGGCAGUUUCUGGAGCAGACGUAGAGGGCUAGGCUGGUUUGGCUUUUGUUUUUGACAUUUCCACAAGUGACAAGUGUUGUAGUAUAUGGAACAAGGCUUGGUGAAACGAAUUGGGCAGCUAAGGUGCAUCCCAUAGCUGUGGAUUUCCUUUCCCGUGGGCACCUUCUGCCCACUCUUCUGAUUUUACUUUCCUCCGAUAGCUUCUCAUUAGAGUCAGUUACAUCCACUUUAAGUUCACAACCUAGCCUAAAACUUAUUUUCAGUUAAUUAAAGGAAAAAGAGCGAUCAGUGUUUAGAUCAAUAUAAAGAUGUUUGCUGGACUUUGUAGUGGUUUUGUUUUGUUUUUAAUGUCCAAGUUUUUUUUUUUUUUUUUUUUUUUUUUUAAUGUUUGGUAUGUGCUGUAGCUUACAGAUAACAUCCUUUUAAAAGUGAAUGACCCUUCGCUGAAAUUCAGUACAAAUACACAUUUGUGUAACUCUUUGUAUCUAGAAGUCCAAAUUGCUUAGAAAGUUUUAUUUUAAAGGGUGAUGGAUGGGUAGCCCUUGAAAGUAGCCACUGCUUAAGCUUUGCCAUCAGCUAGUCAGGUUUCUGUUGCAGUGUGGUAAAUGGUAAGUAGCAGAGUCUUCAUUAAUAUAAGCUGACAACAUAAAAUCAAAAGCAUCCAUUCUAGUAGGAGCUGGUAACUGACAGCUAGACUUGGACAUGUACAAGUGAUUUUUUGCAGGUUGGUUGAUCUGAAACAAGAGAAAAAUAGGUUCAGUGGAUAGAAAUUCUAUAAGAGAUGAGAGAGGUCAGCCCAUGGAAUCAUAACAAACAAAAAUGUAUGCUAUGUACUCAGAAUAAUGCCACUACAUGUAAUAGAGUGCUUGCCUAGCAUGCAUGAAGCCUCAGAUUCAAUCUCUGAAAAUACAGACAUUGGCCAUGGUGGUGCAUGCCUGUAAUCCCAGCACUUAGGAGGUAGAGGCAGGAGUAUAUUAGACCCUAUCUUUAAAAAAAUUAGAAAAAAAAUCAAGUGGUCUUAUGUUUGGGUUCUUGUACAUGGCUCUUGUCUGUUAAAUGUCUAGCUUUUUUCCUGACCUUUUCCAUUGUGUUUGCUUAACUUGAAUAAGGGAAGGAAAGAAAAUAGCCCCCUGAACUCUGUCCUUUGCAAUUGUAUUGUGAAGUUGAUAGUGAGGACAUGCAGAAGCCUAUAAUGGAGGCAUUCCUAUCCUUGUGGUUUUGGGCACCUGGUUAUGUUCCCCAGCAGUAAAACCAAAUCCCAAAUCCCUAUGGUGGAUUUGUAUGUCUUCAGAACAAUGUACCUGUUCUAAUACAGUGAACUUUAAAACUUUGUUAAAACAAAUGAAACCAUUUUUAUAAUUGUGUAGAUGUAUUUGAUUUUGAAUGUUAUUGAUUGCAUAACUGAAUUUUUAUAUCCAAAUAUACAUUUUUGAGUACUGCCUUA